AAGGGAUGCCUUUAUCCCCGUCCUAGAGGCGUGGCCUGGGAUGAACCCACCCUUCUUGGUGCCCACAUUAUUUGUGGUAUAUCCCUUUUUAAUUGUAACCAGUCGAGGUCAGUGUAAACAUGGACGUUUCCCCUGUCCAGUCCAGUGCUAAGUGCGGUUCGGAUUUCAGCAUAGAAAGGAUACUGAGCAGUGAUGCUGGGAGCGGCAGGAGUUCCAGCGCAGAGCCUCCUAGUUGGUUGUGUUGCACCCGGUAUCAACCACCUCGGUUACCACGGUCAGCAAGCAGCGCCUGCCGGUCGCGGCGGUCUGGCAGACACGCGCGGGUGCCGUUCACGGCUGCGCAGGCGGCGGCGUUGGAGGCGGCGUACGCGCGCGCGCCGUAUCUCGCGCCACCCGCGCUGAGGGCCCUCGCCGCGGCUUUGCAGCUCAGAGACGACAGGAUUAAAAUAUGGUUUCAAAACCGUCGAGCACGAGAGAGAAGAGAGAAAAUGACCGCCAUAACCCCGCCGAGAGAAAUGGCGCUGCCAGCGACUUCUCUCUUCAACCACCAGGGGGCGUUACCUACAGCAGGAGACGCUUGGGCCUCCCAUAAAACAUCAGACAUAAAUACUUUUCCCAAUGCUACUGUUACUCUAUCCCCUUCCCAUAUAGAGUAUCGACCACUUUCGGAAAAUACCAACGACUUUCCCCAAGACCUCACUGUAACAUCUUCACCGUCCGUUUGUUGUUCCCCAACAAAUGAAUCUUUAGAACCUCCUCGACCUGAUACUCCUCUGGACGUCGAAACUAUUGUAGAUUAAAUAACAUAUAAUUUAGGGCUUAUUUUUCUGUUGUCAGUAAACUUUUACUUGUGGACAACAUGUUUUGACAUAGGUAUUUAUUUUACCAAAAAUAUGUAUUAAACUACAUCUUGAGUUCUUGACAUUAGAAAAACCGGUCCUUAACGUAUUUAUUAAGCUGAGUUAAAAAAUUAAUAGUUCCUGUGAUAUGCUGUACCCUGAAAAUAUUAUAUUAAAGUCUUUUAUCAAAUCUGGUGUGUGUUUGAACUUUGCAAUUAUUAUUUACUAUAUUCUCAUCACGGCAUGUAACAGUCAUAAUAUUUUUGAAUGUUAUUAUAUUAGACACUGAUUAUGAAAGAUAAUUGUCUGGGUUUGUUAACCGCUUUCAAGGCCAGGGUUUGAACAAAAUAUUAAAGGAGACGUAACCGAAAGUGUAGGGAGACAAAGUAAAUCAAAACUUUAACCUCGUAAGACCGAAGAGCAAAUUUUAUCGACUUCUAAGUAUCGCCGAAUGUGCUUUCAGAAGAACG